GUUUUUCACGGAUGGCGCCAGCGUCGAAACAAGGUGUUUUUUACACAGCAACUAGCAAGAGAGCGACUUUUUUUACCAACGAGCAGCAGUUCCGUGGGCGGCUGUAGACAGAGACGGUCGACGUCGACAACAGUUCGAGGAGACGAGCAACUCUCCGCUUCGGUGACUUCUGCUGUCCUGGCGUUGUCUCGACGGGCUCGUUUACCCGAUGAUGCUUCGCUUGUGUCAUCUGCGCGCGUAGUAUAGGAAUAGAUACAACUGCUGUAGCUCCAUUGUACGAGGGGUCACGCGUCUUGGAGCAGGACUCCUGUGUGUGACAGUAGUGCAGAGAGGAGAGAGAGAGAGAGACUUGUGUCGUUGUCUCUUGAUUUUUAUUGUUUUGCGUGUGCUGUGCUGCUACGUCGUCGCAAUCGAGAGAAGACUUCGCUGAACUUCGAGGUUAUUUUUAGUAGAAUCUCUCUCGCUCUCUUUGUAUAAAGUCUCUCCUCUGUGGGGAUGUGAUUGUUCCCCAGACAGAAGCGUUUUCCCUUUGUUUGGCAUCUCGGGAGAGAGAGAGAGAGAGAGAGAGAGAGAGAGACUCACAAUAGAUUCCGUGGCAUGUACACACGUGCACACUGAGUCAAAAACCUGUUCUUCCAACAAAGAAGACUAUGCAGAUUGCCUGAUCAUUAAGGUCUCGGCUGUAAGUUGUCGUUUCCUAGCUGCCUUGGUUAUCCUCAAGAUAGUGAAGAGUUGAUCCCCAGAAUGGCACGAGAGCCAAUCACGCUGAAUGUAUAUGAUAUGUACUGGAUUAAUGAGUACACAACUCCAAUGGGCUUGGGAGUAUUUCAUUCAGGAGUUGAAAUAUAUGGAACUGAGUAUGCAUAUGGAGGCCAUUCUCUUCCAAUGACUGGCAUUUUCGAAAUUCAACCCAAAACAGCUGAAGAAUUAGGAGAGCAAUUUAGAUUUAGGCAAUCUGUUCACAUUGGCUAUACAGACUUCACUGAAGAAGAUGUUUCUCGAAUAAUCGCUGAACUAGGCAAAGACUUCAGAGGAGAUCGUUAUCAUCUAAUGAAUAAAAACUGCAACCACUUUAGCAGCCAAUUCACUCAGAUACUCUGUGAUCAGGAGAUCCCGGGCUGGGUAAAUCGAUUAGCUUACUUUAGUUCCUGCGUGCCGUUUCUCCAGCGUUGCCUGCCCAAGGAGUGGCUGACCCCGGUCGCCCUCAGGCAUUCGCUUAGCCACGUCAGCCAUAACGGCAGUACGCCGCCCUCAGAUUCCUCCUUGUAACAUACGCAGCAAGCCCACCGGCCCUACCGGCGCCGUGGGCAGUAUCACGACGUCGACGACGAUGACGACUACGAGGAUGAAGAAAGCGCUACCGCCUCGUGCAGUCGAAGUCACACUUUUUAAGGCUUGUCUUCGUUAGGUGGGCUUGAAUUUAAGUUCGUGCAAAAAACUUUUAUGAUAACCAGGGGAGUUAGACGUGUCGACGUGUGGAUUCUUCCGACAUUUUGUAGAUGUACGUUUGUAUAAAUGAUGGUGAUAUACUGUUACGAUAAAUCCAUGGUUUUAAGAGGAUUGUAUCUUAUUGCUGGCUUUGACUGCAACCACAGUGAAAGAUCGUUAUUGAAGUGAUCCUGCAAUGCUCAAUUUUAAAGUGGAAAUUCUUGCUUGAAAGUGUACGGAAUGAUAGUGACGGUAUCUUAUUAUCAUCAAUAUAAACGACAGAAAAGAAAAAUUGUCAGUAAAUAGUAUCUUCUUAUAAUAAUACAAAUAAUAAAGAAACGCGCGUGCGACAGUUGUGAGACGUGACCGAAGAGUUUAAUCAUGCGGAGAAGUGGCAGUAAGUUACGACCAACUGUUUGGACUUGAGAUUUAAAAUCAGAAUAUAAAUUUCAGAAGGCAAAGAUACGAUACGAUAUGAAAUUGCGUAUAUUAAGAUGUUUAGAAUCGAGUACAAAAAAUCUUUAUUCUUACAGAAUUAUUAACAAAGAAUAAGAUAUGUAUAUCUGGAAAUUGCAACCUAAUGUAUUAAGUUAGAACUGAAUCAUAAUCCCUCCAAGGUUGAUACAUUACAUUUUUAUCUUUUUGAGCAACAAAAAUAAAUAUAUUUUUAUAGCCAAAAUUUGUAUGCGUACAUAAAUUUUAUCUUUCUUUGAAACAAACAAAAUAAUAAUUGAACAUAACCAGAUAUUAUUUCUGCUUAGCUUAUUUUUAGGAACAAUGAUCUCAGUAAAUUAAAAUGAUUCAUUGAGUUUAGACAAGAAUAACUUACUGCCAUUUCGUUUUGUAAUUAUAAAUAAAUAAAGCCUAGAAUUUGUGAAGGCGUGUCGGUAAAUAAUUGCAAGGUAAAUUAAACUGAGAGAAUUGCCUUCCUUGUAACAUUACUCUUAUACAUUUAGACAGUGAUAAAAGUAAUUAUUACAAAUAUACAUAAAAAUAUAAAUAUAGCGGAUAAUUUGUUGGGAAAUGCAAUUUGAUACUGUAAUAACACGGAGAGAAAGUGAAGAAGAUAUGCAAGAGCAAACCUUAAGAGGAGACUGAAAAUAAAACACAAUUUGAGUAACGAUCGACGUUUACGAGCAAAAUUUUGAAGGUAUCAUCAUCUAAAUUAUCAAAUACAAUAAAAAGUUAAUUGUAUUAAUUUUUCGCGUUUUUGCCUCACUUAAAAUUUAGUGCAUUGUUCUUUUUUUAUUUCCGGUUAUAAAAUUGUUCAUUUUAAAAAUUAUUUUUUAAAUUAAAAGUUUGAAAAUAAUUGAUGAUCAUGACUAUUAUUACGUAAAUUGCACAAGAAGUGCAAAAUUAGUUUUUACUGAUUUACGGUUUAUUAAGAGUGGAUUGUUUUUAUGAGGUGAUUUAAAAGAAGGAGCCAGAAAAAAAUACUUGACCACUGAUUCCGAAUAGCAUUCAGUACAUGUAUUGUAUUUAAAAGUUGCUAGGAAGAUAAGUAAUUUAAAUCUGAACUUCUACGUUUUUAACCUAGAAAAACUUGUAUAAUAUUAAACUAUUUUAAUACGUUGAUUCAUAUAAUUCCGUAAAUGUAAAAUAGUAUAUAAAUUUUAAUUAGUACGUAUUUGGCUAAUAAUAAUAUUUCAAUAAUAUUUAAAAGCUACUUCUUUCAAGUGUUUGCAGUCACAUAAAGUAAACAUUUUUUACUAUUAGGAAAUCGUUAAUUAAACUUAUAAUUUGUUUUAGCUUAUUAAAUAGACAAAUUUUUACUGCUAUCGAUAUUAAAAUUAUAUCUUACUUCUAUAGUAAUAAAAUUCUAAAUCAGAAUUUUGUCGUAUAACGUUGGGAAUUUAAAAACAUAUAGUAUGUGCUCAAGUAUUUGUACUUGCGUUAGUGGUCGCAUAAAUUACUUCUUUGCUUAGCUCUGGAUGUAAAUAAUUAUUGAUUCUCCGUGGCAAAAUAAUAAUAUAUAACAAUAAAUACAGAUUAAGAAGACAAAAAUACGACAAAUAUCACGAGACGUACGGAAGGAAAUUUAAUUAUGACAGCAUAAAAAUACACACGCACGUAGUCGUUACAUGUUUUGGAUAUCGAUUAAAGUACUUAGGGAAAGUUUCUGUGAUGACUGCCCGAAAGAUUAUCAAUUACUUUGCUGAUGCCUUCUUGUUAUAAAAAAAAAUCUUUCAGCUUUGCGAACAUUUUGAAAGAUUCGAACUUUGUAGCUUUCCUUUAGCUGGAUCUGUUGAAAAGCGGAUGAAAAAUACAAAGUAGAACUUAUCGCAAUGAGAAUCCAUUAAUUGAAAUUAUUGUAUAUGAAACAAAAGAACCUAUCACAUAUUUACUGAUCACUAUGUCGUGAUCGCAGCCAAUUUGGAUCUAAAAAGCGCCAGCAUUAAUUAUGUACAACCAUUAUUGCAUACAAACCACAUACCGCCGUGCGAAUCCGCGAUACCUGCAUUUAUAUUUGAUUUUAGUAGGAUAAAAGAUAUGAAGAAGUUGAAUAAAUUCAACGUAGGUAGAACAAUUUUUUACGUAUAUUAUAUAAAUAUAUAUUAGUUACGUAUACCGCGUGUCACGUCUCUGAAUAUGUAGUUCAUUACCAAAGUUAUAAUUCAAAAUUAUUAAAAAAAAAAAGAAUAAACAAACGUGUAUUGGCGGUCCCACGGGGCAGGCACGAUGUUAUAAUUGUUAUAAUAUGAGGAAAGCGUCAUAUAACUUAGGUAAUUAAUAUGAAAAUUUUUAAAAGAGUUCACAUGGCACUUCUCAGCUGGAAACAGUUUUAAUCGACGAAGGCUUUUUCUAAGUACGCCGAUUGCUGAUUGUUUUAUUACACGCAUAUCAAGUUCGAAGAUUAAUGCAGCGUUUUUCAAUAUUAUAGUGCUACAGUUCGAUAAUUGUACUUACGUUGUCGGGUCCGUUACGCUUUUAAUGAGAAUAUUUAUGAAAGCUUACAUACUGUCAAGGCCUAAGAAUUUUCAUUUUGAAAGGUUUUAAAUCGUUCUGUUCGCAUAAUAUCGUACCUUUUGAUAUACAUAUACAUGUAGAAACCGUGCUUAGAAAUCGCCGACGUUGUCAUACUUAGAGCUGCAAUUGAAAUCUUUUAACAAUCGACAGAGGUUUACAUAUGUAAUAUUUUAGUGCCAAUCUUAAAGCGUUUGUAGUUUUGUUUGACAAAUUAUUCUCGGGAUAUAUCAUAUCGAAUGCUCCGCUACUUUUAUAUUUUGUCUUAUAUACUAUUAUUAUUAUUUUUUUUAAUACCAACUCUUCAUUUGCGAAGCAUUAUUUGCAAUCUCGCUUGCGUUGUGGUUUUUCCGAGAAUCCAUUUCCAAGUUUGCAUGUGUGUGUGUGUAUAUAUAUAUACAUAUAUAUAUAUAUAUAUAUAUAUAUAUAUAUAUAUACAUAUACAUAAUAUACACAUACAUACAUACUUAUACGUUCAACAAAAAUCUUUGUUUUUUUCAGAGCACAUAUAAACGUCGAUAUUGUCACUUGACUUGUCGUACGAAGUACAAUUGCUACACUUGUACAGUUUAUUCUUAUGUCUACGACGCAAUAAUGUUAUUGUUCGCUAUUCGCAAAUGUUAAAAUUGUGUUAACGAGACGUAGAAUCAAAUUUAUUGCAAGUAGAUAUGGUAAAUGUAAAAUCAAUAAUUAUAGAUUUCUGUUGAAGUGUGUAUUAUACGUAUAGUCUCGAAUUUUUUGGUAUGCUUAACAUUAAAUAUCUUUAGUUUAGAGUGUUUUUUUCGUCAAAAAGUAGAGCCGAAUUUUAAACAUAUAUUGUCAAAUUUUUUAAAUCUCGUUGCUAAAAAUCACACGAAAAUAAUUUUGUAUUUACUUUAAUAUAAAUAAAUAAACUUAUAUUCAAUAAUAAACUUUUAAGUCCUUAGAAAUCAAGUUAAUGUUUUACGUAAAUGUUAGUCCUCUGCCUGAUUAAUAUGUUUAUGCUCAGUAUUAUAAGUAGAAAAAUGGAAAAAUACUUACGUUGGCUCUCCGAUGAAUUGAAUUAUUUACAUGAACUUCCGUUUUUAUGUUACGCGCACAAAAAUUAAUGUAUUGACCGAAUUCAGUAACUGAUCAAGUAUUAUAUAAAUAUUUAUGUGAAAAUUUAUGUUUUCUUAUACAAUAUGUGCAUGUAUUUGCAUCCAAUGAGUGAUGAUGAAAUAAAAUAUAAGGCAUGAGUUUUUUAUCGAAA